AAUACGAUCGCGUAUUUGAAAAAAUAUAAGUUUGACGGACUGGACAUCGACUGGGAGUACCCGGUUUGCUGGAGUGGCGACUGUAGUAAAGGUCCCAAGUCUGAUAAGCCCAAUUUUGGUAAAUUACUCACGGAACUGAAGGCCGCAUUCAUUAAGGAGAGCCCAACCCUAUCACUAUCGGCGGCCAUACCCUCGGGCUAUGCGGGCGGACCCGCCGACCAGUCCUACGACAUACCGGCUAUGGCUGCUGCCCUCGACUACCUGGCCGUAAUGACGUACGACAUGGCGGGUGUGUGGGACAAGAAAACUGGUCACCACUCGACAUACCAGGGCUGUAUCAGUGGCUCCAAGUACUACGUGGAUAAAGGUAUG